AUGUCAUCCUCCAAGUAUGAUGGCAUAUCUGAUCCCGACGAUCAUGUGGCAGCCUACGAAGGUCACAUGUUCUUGUACAUGCAGGUGGACGGCAUCUGGUGUAAGGUCUUUCCAUCUACACUAAUCGGGAUAGCCCAGACGUGGUUCAAGAGUUUGAAGCCAUGUAGCAUUUCUAGUUUCUCCCAGCUGUCACCUACUUUUAGUACACACUUUGUGAGUAACAGGCGCCGCGAGCGCACGAUUGGAGAUUUUUUAUCUGUUAAGCAAGGCGAGAAUGAAAUCUUGCGGGAUUUUGUUGGCCGUUUUAAUGUAGAAGCAACCUCAAUUCCAAAAUUACAACAGGAUGUGGCCGUGUUGGCCCUAAUGACGGGACUGAAAGAGGGAUCACCAUUCCGGAGCUACCUUGGCCGAAAGAUGUAUAAAUCUCUCGGACCGAUCCUUGGCAAGGCCAAUGACUUUUUAAGGGGAGAGGAAUUUGAUAGGGUCGUGAGCAAUCGCAAGCCAGAAAAAAGAAAGAAGAUAGGCAGAGAAAAGACAAGGGACGCGAGAAUGAUCGCGGUCGAGAUGAAAGAAGGCAAGAGUCUAAUGUGGUAA